ACACUCAAGGUCACUUCGGCGUUGCUCAAAGGUUGUCCAUAAGUUAUAGUCUUACCAAAAUUUGGGGAAAAUGCACAAAAGUCCCGAAAUUACCCCAUCCAUCGUGUUCGAAGUCAACUCCUAUUUCACCAAGGCCUUUCGAACGAAGUAAUAAUUCUUACUAAUUAGUAAGAAUUAUUACUGUUUAAACAGCCCAGACAAUUAAAGAAGGGGAAAUAAAGGCGAACAAAGGGGAAGUAAAGGGUUAAAUGCUUUGGUAGCGAAAGGGGAAAUAAAGGGUAAAGCGCGCCAGAACGUCGCAUUUUUCGCCUGUCCGGGGGAAAUAAUGCGGAUUUCCCUUUUUUUGACGCUUUGUCGAUAAAUUACUCACUUUUCGCUUAAUAUCCGCCGGAUUGUCGAAAUUUCGUUUAAAUAUCCGCAGAAUUGUCUAAUUUUUGCAUAAGUAUCCGCAGAAUUGUCGAAUUUUUGCACAAAUAUCCGCAGGAUUGUCUACUUUUCGCCUAAAUGUCCGCAGAAUUGUCUACUUUUCGUCUAAGUACACACAAAACUCCCUAUUUUUGAUCCAUUGACAUAACCCCAAAGGUCUGCUAUGUUCACCUUUAUUUUCAACAACAGACCAAAAUAAAUCUGCAAUGCACUGGAAAAACGGUAUAUUUUUGAAAAAUUUUAUUUAAAAGGAAAAGCGUAUUAUUGUAUAACAUUAGAGCAAAUGCUUAAGCAUCGAUUGUUUUGCAUAUCCAUUGUAAUUGCUAAUUCAUUGUCAUUUGAAAUUAUCUACAAAAGAAGGAACAGAUGAUGGAUUAUUUAUAAGGAAUGUGGAUUUAAUCAAAACUUCACUGACACUCAAAUACACAUUCUCAACACUUCUAUAGUUUCUCAUGUAGAACAACAAAACAAUUGCACGCAUUAUUCCCUUCAGCCACGUUCGUUUGCCUAUGGAGAAUUAUAAUAGUCGUCCUGUGAAUUCAGAAGUUUAAAAAACAGAAAAAGUCAAAACAAUAUCUGAAUGACUUGGCACAACCAAAUACUUCGCUGAUGUGCAGUGUAAAACCGUCUCAAUAUAACGGCUUAUUAUCAAUGCUUGGACUCAAUUUUAGAUAUUCCCUCCAAGUGUAUUAAUGGAUAACUUUGGAUUUUAUGCUGUCGUUGUUGUGACCGUUGUGUUGUGUACAACUUUCAAUAAAUUGAAGCGAAUUUUACAUAAACAUCUACAAAAGAUUCGUAGUAUUAGUUCUGACUGCAAACCACAACGUUCUAAUCAUGAAGACCUUUUAGCAGUAAUCAAUCGAAGUGAUAUCAAAGUGUCUAUAUUUUACGGAUCUCAGACAGGGACUGCUAAAAAAUUUGCUAUUAAUCUUGGUCAUCAUCUUCACAACUGCGGCGUGCGUAACUUGGUGGUGGAUUUGAGACAAACGAACAUGGACAUAUUAGUAAAUUUGUCUAUGCUGGACACCUGCGUAGCAUUGUUUGUUGUUGCAACUUAUGGUGAAGGUGAACCAACAGAUAGUGCUCAACAUUUUAUGGAUGAUCUGAAGAAUUCUUACCAGAAGUUGGAUAAUUUACACUUUGCGGUUUUCGGAUUGGGCAACAGUAUGUAUACAUAUUUCAAUGCUGUUGGAAAGUCAAUCGACCGUUUGCUUACCAAACAUGGAGGUAAACGUUUACAACCACUGACUUUGGGAGAUGAAGUGGAUGAAUUAGAAUCUACGUUUAUAAAUUGGAGGAGUCACUUAACUUCGUUAUUGAUCGACUUUUUUAAUCUAAAUGACCAUGAUAGAAAUUACUUAAACAAACAGUAUAAACGAAUAUACUCUUUAAAAUGUAUUAACUGGAAUGUCCCGCUUGUUUCGCACUUUGUGGAUAUGUUUAUAAAUAAGGCUGACGUUAUGGAAACGUUACCAUAUGAAAACGACAAUUAUUUCUAUGCUUCUGUCGUUAGAAAUCAAGAAUUGUAUCAUGGAAGUUCACGUUCUUGUCGCCACAUUGAAUUGGAUGUUUCUGCUUCUCAACUUAGAUAUAAAACUGGUGAUCAUAUUGCAAUAUUUGCACCAAACCCUUUAGAUCUUGUCGAAAAAAUUGGUGAUCUCUUAAACAUUGAUUUGAAUGAAAUGAUUAGUUUAGAUGCUGUUGAUCCUUAUAGUUUAACAAAGCAUCCUUUCCCUUGCCCAUGUACCUAUCGUCAUGCAUUUAUGCACUUUGUUGAUAUUACUGGACCUCCUGGAAGGAGUUUAUUAUCCGCAUGCUUAGAUUCAGUCGCAAAUCCUGAAGAAUCACAGUUUGUUCAGCUUCUUAUUUCUGAUAGUGAAGAUGGAAAAAAAUUAUACUCAAAAUGGAUUUUAGAAGAUCAUCGUGGACUAGUCGAUGUGUUACAAGACUUAAAAUCAUUUCGACCACCAGCUGAUCUUUUGUUGGAAUUGUUGAACCCUCUGAAACCAAGAUUGUAUAGUAUAUCAUCAUCUUCAUUAGUUCAUACAGAUCGAAUACAUAUAACUGCUGCUAUACUAAAUUACAAAACAAACACAGGACGAAUAUUCAAAGGACUAGCUACCAACUGGUUGAAAUCAUUGCAGACAACAGACACUCAGCGACAUUUGAAAAUACCUGUCGCGAUUCAUACCAGUAAUUUUAACUUGCCGCGGAGUCGUAAAAUCCCAGUCAUUAUGAUAGCUUCUGGGACAGGACUGGCUCCAUUCCGUGCAUUUAUCCAAGAGCGCGUAAAGAUGGCUCAGGAUAAAGUUGGCAAGACUGGACAGAUGGUAUUAUUUUUCGGUUGCCGGCAUGAAAAUGAAGAUUUUAUUUACUCAGAUGAAUUAAAACAAGCCUGUUCUACUGGCCUACUUGAAAUGUUUACUGCUUUCUCACGUGACUCUCCCGAUGGUAAUAAAGUUUAUGUUCAGCAUAAGAUGCUUGAGAUGGGUAACAUGGUGUGGAAACUUUUGGAUGAAUGUUAUGCGUACAUUUAUGUAUGUGGGGAUGCCGCUGGUAUGGUGCGUGACAUGCAAUUGUGUUUAAUCGAAUUAGUAGUACGACAUUCCAAAUUAACAAGAGAAGCUGCAACCAGCUACAUACUAAACCUACGAAAGCAAGGACGAUAUCGUACCGAUUUAUGGAAGUGAUUUUAAAUAAGCUUCUGAAUAAUAUGUGUAAUGUACCACAUUUUACCAUGAACCUUUAUUGAUAACCUCUAAUUAAUAGUCUUGUUAAAAUAUCUAGGACAUUUAUUUUCAUAUAACUUGGGUGAAUUGUUUCAGAGUUUACAUCAGCUGUCACAAUCUGCAGACUCCAGCUUGGGUAAAGCAAAUAAAACCUCCCACUUAUGAUUAUUUAUUGAAAUACACUUGUAACAGUAACGAUUUUUCGUCAGAUGUUCUUUACAAAUAUAUAUUCAAACAGAAACACAACGAGUCAUUCCUGUACUGUCAUUGAACUCAUCUUUUAGCAUACGUGUGUCAUAGGUUAUGAUUUAUAAGGAUUUCCCAAUAAAAGCAUAAUGGAAUGAUAAUUCUUUUUAAUUUUAAAAGAGAUAGUAGUGGCAUUAUCAGGGUAUAUAUCGAAGAAAACCGUCGUCACGAGCAGCGCGAAAUGUUGAGGAGUAGUUGGAAAUGACGAGGUUUUAUUAGUAUAAGUUCGCCCGGUCGUCGUCUACUGCCAGUUAAAAUGGACACAAAAAUACAGCGAUUGUAGACAUCAUAUAAUGACUGAAGGUAGAGAUUUCUUUACUCUUUGUGCUGUUACAAAUAAUGAAUUCCCUAAACUUAUCUUUCAACUUGUUUUUGUUUACACGUCUCAGUUUAUUAUCAUACUUUAGAUCAUUACUGAUACCUAGUAGUAGUUAGUGUUCCUAUUGCGUUAUUGUUAAGUGUUAACUUAUUGAUGUGAAGAGAAAUAGAAAAUCGAUAUUGAACAACGGAAGUUAUUUCCUAGGACAUCGCUUCACUUAGUUCAAAGUCUCUAAAGUACUAACAUUUAGUUUUGUCCCUGUUUUAUUUUAUGUUGGAAGCUUUCGUGUAACGUAUAUGUCACUAUAAUCUUUUCUAUUCCAAAAUUACUGGAAUUCUGACGUAACCUUUGCACUCCAUUUUUCCACUCUAAUGCCCUAGAUUGGACGAAACUGUUUUUUCUUAUUUUUUGUGAGUUUGUUGGGGACGAUGUAUCCCCAAAACUCAUAUUUGUAAUUUUAUCAUAUCGAUCAAAUGAUUGAAUAGCAGUCAAUUGAUGAACUCAUUGAUUAAUGUUUAAAAAUUUCCCAUGACAAUAUCGAUUAUAUAUAUAUACACGUUUUAAAUUGUUUUUGGGCUCUCUCGUUUUCUGGCUGUUUUGCAGAAUAUAUUUCCCAUACCAAGCUUGAACUUCUCCUUCUAGGUAGCAGGGCUGGAACGCAUGAAUAGCUAGAUUACUGGUCUUUGGUCACUGAGUCUUGUUCUCGUUCGCAGACUAAGUGAACUCGUAAAGCUUCAAACCUAACAUAGUUGUAGUCUUUCUAGUCAUACAUCUAACUAGAUCAAGAGUAAAUUGAGUAAUGUUCCGUCCGAUUCUUCUCUUUCCUGUCUUGUUAACCUAAUAAUCAGGUAAUAGGUCAGUUAUAAAAGUUUUCUUUUCUCUGUUCCCAACACCCUCCAGCCACAGUUGAACUCACGCAUUCUCCAG